UAAAUAAAUCACUUCUCUUCAACGCUCUCUCUCUCUCUCUCACACCUCUUUCUCUCUCUUCAGUGAAGCAGAACUACGCUGCCAGUAACCAUCGUGCGCCACUGGGUGCGCUACGCACCCCAACCGACCUCUCCUCUUGUGCUUGAACAACAUACAUUUAUCCGGCGCCGGACUCGGACCGAGUCGACUCGUUCGUCGACUUCCUAUAUCCGAACGCAUAAAUAAGCAGCGGUGUCUCGGCAGAGGUUGGCGGGUAGUAGCAAUGGAUCCGCGCGGGGUGGAGAUGAUGAGCGGCGGCGGCGGAGGAGGAGAUGUCUAUAACUUCGCGGAGAUCUGGCCGCGGUUUCAGAUGAGCGCCAAUGCGGCGUCGUACGGCUUGGGGUUGGAUCCGAUGUUGACGGAUCAGAGAUCGAACGACGAUUCGCGGAAGCGGCGGGAUGGAGACGAGCAUUGCGCCAAGGGAGGGGGAGCUUCCACCAGCAGCAGCAAUGGCGGCAGCUGCAACAACAAUAACAACGUCUCGAAUGAACGAAGGAAUGAAGGUGAUAGUAAACGGAUGAAGGCAGUGGGUGAACUUAAAGUGGAAGGGGAAGGGAAUUCCAGCAAGGGGGCGGCCGCGGUGGAGAGACGUUCGAAGCUAGAUGAACUGCCUAAGCAAGACUACAUCCAUGUUCGAGCAAGACGAGGUCAAGCUACCGAUAGUCAUAGUUUAGCAGAAAGAGCUAGGAGAGAAAAGAUUAGUGAGAGGAUGAAAAUUCUUCAGGAUUUGGUUCCUGGUUGUAAUAAGGUGAUUGGCAAAGCUCUAGUGCUUGAUGAGAUUAUUAAUUAUAUUCAAUCUCUACAACGUCAGGUUGAGUUCUUGUCAAUGAAGCUUGAGACAGUAAAUUCAAGAGGUGAAAUCGAUGAAUAUCCUUCAAAAGAUUUUGCUCAGCAGACGUUUGAAGCUCCGGGUUUGGCCUUUGGUUCUCAGAGCACGCGUGAGUACAGUAGGGGCUCGUCACCGGAGUGGCUACACAUGCAGAUUGGCAGCGGCUUUGACCGGACAUCAUGACACGACGUUCUCAUCUACACGCUGCUUCCCCCUUCCAACCACAGCAGCAUACGCUUCUUGAAUCGGGUCCGUUCCCCCGUGCACGGUGUGGAGAGCGCGCGACGGGGAUGUAUAAUAUAUCUGAAUCACAGAAUCAGUGAUCUUGUCAAAGGUUCCCAUCCAAACUCCUUUAUUGAAUCUAUUUAUCUAGAACAUGGUUAAGUGAAUAAAAGCCCAAUAUAUAUAUAUAUAUUUUUAAAUAUUUUUAAUUGCAUAUUCAUGCAAUGUUUCAAUUAGUUGUGAUUUAUUGCCUGAAAUGGAAAGGUGUUCCAGAUAAUAUUUGGAGAUGGUGAAAUAAUAUGAAGUCUUGAAGUGGGAUUUUAUAGGAAAAAUCAAA